UUAAAACACACAAUUAAUCCCCAUUUUCAUAGCCAAAAGAAAAAACAUGUCUUUGAACAGCCACCGUCGUCCUGGUGUUACAGUAAACGGUGUCCGAAGGAUGAGAACCUACCAUUAUUUCUGGUGUCUCCAUUGUCAACGAACCGUAAGGUUUUCAAAUUCAAAUGUUUUUGAACGUUAUUGUCCUGAUUGUUUUCGUCAACUUCAUCAAGAGCUUGAUGUUUCAAGGUCUAGACUUAGAGUUAAUCAUGGCCUUGAACCGUAUGAAACCACUCGUAGGUUAUUAGAUACUUUGGCCGCCGCUCCUGACCCCACCAGGCCGCGGCAAAGUGGAAGAGCUCGUUGGGAUCGACCAAUUCCUGAAACUGGACCUUGGGUCACUCUCGUCGAACCACCACGACCGCAGCCGAGUCCUAUCGUUGCACCCCGAGAUACAGUCAGCAACGACGACUUGGAUGGUUUGCUCGAAGGCUUAACGGAAGACGAUAGGCCGGGUCCACCACCGGCAGCUGCGUCAGCCAUCGAGGCCUUGCCGGUGGUGAUAAUCACCGAAUACCACCUUACCAACGCUACACAUUGUCCUAUUUGUAAGGAUGAGUUCGAGAUUAGCGGAGAAGCACGAGAGUUACCAUGCAAGCACUUGUAUCAUUCCGAUUGUAUCGUCCCUUGGUUGAGCAUUCACAACACCUGCCCCGUUUGUCGCUACGAGAUCAAAGACGACACCGAUCCCACGACCGAUGAUGUCGUUUUUCGGGACAUCGGUUUUGGGGCCGACGAUCUGGCAAACGGAUUAACCUGGUUACGAACUCAGUUCCUUUCUUCUAGGCCAUUUCGUGCAUUCUCUCAUUGGACACAACGAUAUAUUGAUUUCCUCGAUAGCACAUUCAAUACAAAUAAUUUCACUCGCGAAUGUAGGAUCUAUUGCCAGAGCUUAAUCUAUUACAUGUUUAUGGUUUUUACGUAUAUAUUUACAUAUACAUAUAUACAUGUAUUACUAACAUUUACAAGUGAUUAAUCCACAGCAAGCUCAUGGUGGCCAUCAUGGUUCAUUUUAUAGCUUCACUGUCUUUAAAUAUAUCAACAGCCUGCAAACUUUGGUAAUAAUUUCAACAACUUUACAAGGCAGGUAUGUAUAUAUAUAUAUAUAUAUAGACUUUCUAUUAUAUACUAACAUUCAAGACAACAUUGAUGGCAAAAUAAUUACUACAAGAUAUAUUGGAGCUUUAACUGGUAUGUCUGUUCUGCAAAAUGUUCCAAUUUUCAGUACUUCAGCAAAGAAAAUCAUAAAUUUUUCAUUUUUUCAUGAUUUUUUUUUUGUUGUUGUUGUUAGUAAUUUUUUUAAUUGGGUUCUUAUAUAUUUGCAGUUUCUUAACAGAUGAAGACCAGAAAAAUAAAAAUUAGUAUAUGCUUGUUAUCUUAUAGUUAGUUCUUGCAGGAAAGGAGAUAUUUAUGUAAAUAUUCAUUAAAGUCCCCACUGCUAGAUUUAAUGUUAUAUAGUCAUUUAUUAAACAUUUCAUUAAUAAAUUUAAAAAAACACUAAUAAUAAAAAAUAUAUGUAAAAUGUGAAAAUAUACAUUUGAAAUUUAGUUCUUUCAAUUUUAUUUUAACUUUUAGAUUUAAAAUGUAAGUCAAACUUUUAAACUUUUUCUGUUAUAAGAUUACUAAGUGAGUUUUUUCUCUCGUUUCAAAAUGUAAUACCAAUGACUUUGAUAAAAGAAUUUUAAUUGUCAGCAAUUUGACUUAAAUUUUAAAAUCUAAAAAGUAAAAGAUUAAAUUUCUACAAAUAAAAUUAAAAAGACUAAAUUCCAAAUACACCAAAAAUAACCACAAAAAAUAAAAUAAAUGAGAGGUUAUCACCACACCUCCGGUGGGACUUAUGGGAGCUGGUACCAGCAUCACCAUCAUCAAAAGCUGGAACCAAAGGCGCCAAUGUUAUCACCACAACAGCUUAUCUCCGCCACCAGCUCCGCCUUAGGGUUCCUUCUCCAACAAGAUUGAAAGAUGUAUGCUCUUAAACAACUUCCAGCUUUCAUGGGAAAUCAACAAUUUUUUCAAUUUACAAAUGAUGAUUUCACUCUUCAUGUUCCUUUGGAAAGCCUCUGCAGACAGUUUAUUGGGAAUUAUAACAAAGUAGAUGAUUGGAUGACUAAGCUUGGUAAAGGGAAUUAUGAUGAGAUGCAAAUAUUGAAGGAGUGCCCACCCCCUCUAAGGGAGCUUCUCAAGGGUUGAGCUGUCUUUGACUUGCUGGUUAGACAAGCAAUGUCCUGAGCCAGCUAGGACCAGCACGGAUACACCAACUUGGACCUGCCAGGCACCACUCUUAAGAAAACAUCGACCUGAAUGGACCAAUUUGUAAUAUGAACCAUUCCAUGUUCAUGAAUUUCUAUUUAUUCCAUUCAUUACAUGAAGCUAUUCAACAACAUAAAUUCAUAAUAUACUUUUCUUCGUCCACAUAUUUCCUUCAGUGUAUUAUAAAACACUAGUUUUUACAUUUCGCCUUUUAAUCCUACAUUAUAGUCGCUCAAAAUGAACCACAAUAUUCUUUACACUUAAAUAUAAGAGAUGGUUCUCGUUGAAACCGACGAGUUACUGCCAGUUUCUUAAGUAGUCAAACCAUGUUCGGAAGUUAUU